GAUGAUACCAGAUUACAAGCUGAGACAAUAACAACCUUUUGAGGAGAAUCCAAAAAAAAUUGGUACAAGGUAAGAAAAUGCAUCAUUGAUAGGAGUUCACUCAGGGGAGCAGGCCUAACAUAUGGAUUUCAAUUUUGAUUCCAUUUUUUUUACUUGCAAAUGUGGGAAACAGCUCCACUGAAUGUGAUUUAAAUCUCCAUCAUGCAGAAAAGUAGAAAAUCGGUUAUCUACCAGCUUCAAUGUUCCCCAAAUGUUCAAAUAAUGCAUCAUGUUGAAUUUUCAAGAUAUGACCUUAUUUCUGACAAAAUCAACCUUUUGGUUUACAUAUUUCUUAAGGACUAAAAUAAAUAUACUUUAACUGACUUUGAGACAUUUUCAGUCAUGUCUGCAAAGUAGAAUGAAGGCACUCUUGAAGGUCAGAGAUGCAUGUGCCUCUUUUAUCCUGAGAGCUAUGCAAAUUCAGUGACAGCUUCCUGUUCAAAGGAACCAUAUUUUCCUGUUCUCCUGCUGCACUCAAAGCCUGAAAGGUCGAGUUUUGAGUGAAUGUUUUCCCAUCAGUAAGAAUCCUCCAAUUUUUUUAUCGAGCAAUAAUGGCACUCUGGCUGAACCUCCUGUCAUUGUUCGUUGUUCUCAAAGGUGUCCAGUCUCAGGUUCAAUUGGUGGAGUCUGGAGGGGAUGUGAGAAGACCUGGAGAGUCCCUCCGUCUGUCCUGCCAAGCCUCUGGAUUCACCUUCAGCAGCUAUGAGAUGAACUGGGUGAGACAGGCUCCUGGGAAAGGACUGGAAUGGGUGGCAUAUAUAUGGUCUUCAAAUCUUUACUACUCUGACAAAGUGAGGGGACGCUUCACUAUCUCCAGGGAUGAUGCAAAAAGCCAGCUGUAUCUGCAAAUGAACAACCUCAAACCAGAGGACACAGCAGUCUAUUACUGUGUGAGAGACUUGAGUGCUUGUCUGAAUGUUUUCCCAUCAAUAAGAAUCCUCCAAUCUUUUCAACCAGCAAUAAUGGCACUCUGGAUAAAUCUCCUGUCCUUGUAUGUUGUCCUCAGAGGUGUCCAGUCUCAGGUUCAAUUGGUGGAAUCUGGAGGGGAUGUGAGAAGACCUGGAGAGUCCCUCCGUCUCUCCUGCCAAUCCUCCGGAUUCACCUUCAGCAGCUUUGAGAUGAACUGGGUGAGACAGGCUCCAGGGAAAGGCUUGGAAUGGGUGGCAUGUAUAUACCCUUCAUAUAUUUACUACUCUGACAAAGUAAAAGGGCGCUUCACCAUCUCCAGGGACAAUGCCAAAAGCCAGCUGUAUUUGCAAAUGAACAGUCUCAAACCUGAGGACACAGCAGUCUAUUAUUGUGUGAGAGACACAGACAAUUUGAUGGGCUGUUCUCAGUCACGGAGGAAACGCCGGUCACUAAAGGGUUACAACCAAGCCAGUAGCUCUAGGACCGAGUCCACCAACAAAAGAAGCCCGCCUCUUCCUGUAUCCAGUUUUUAG